GGUCCCCUGUGUCCAUUUAUGUUGUGGAUCGAACAUGGUGGACGAGCUACACAUCUGCGGGAAGCGAAAGAUUUGGGCACUACUGCAUCAGUGAUCGUCUGUUUUAUUAAAUAAUCAUUUAAACCUUUCUUCACACUUUGUGCUAAAAUUUCUUAAAUACUUAUAACAGCUCGCUAGACGAAAGGAGCUCAAUUGAGUUUAAAUCAAUCUUACAAAAAGAGAUGCCUGACAACGACAUAGGAGACUGGUUUAGAGGAAUCCCACUUAUAACAAGAUGGUGGUUCAUCUUGUCAAUAGCGUUCCCACUUGCUGGAAGAAUAGGACUUUUGAAUCCAAUGUACAUGUUCCUGAGUUGGGAGCUUGUUGCUUAUAAAUUUCAGAUAUGGAGACUCUUUACAUCACUGGUUUUCUUCCCUCUGAAUCCAGCAACUGGGUUUCAUUAUCUUAUAAACUUAUACUUUUUGUACAACUACUCAUCAAGACUUGAGUCAGGUUUAUUUGAAGGAAGACCGGCUGAUUAUCUUUUCAUGAUAAUUUUGAACAGUUUAGCAUUGAUUAUAAUUGGAUUUAUUGUUUUCAUCCCAUUUCUUAUGGAUGCUUUGAUUCUGAGUGUCUUGUAUGUAUGGUGCCAAAUCAACAAAGAUACAAUCGUCCAGUUCUGGUUUGGAACCCAGUUUAAGGCAAUGUAUCUCCCUUGGGUAUUAGCUGCAUUCAAUAUGAUUCUUGGCCAAGGCGGUGUUAUGGAGAUCAUUGGCAUCUUUGUGGGUCAUCUGUAUUUCUUUCUUGCUUUUAAAUACCCUCAAGACUUUGGUGGAAUGCAGUUUAUUAAAACUCCCGAGAUUCUGUACAGUUAUCUACCUAAUCGUCGCGGAGGGGUGGCUGGCUUCGGACAAGCUCCUGCAAGCAGGAGACAGGACAACGGAAACAGACAAGGGGGUCAACAAUGGGGUGGUGGCGGACGACGACUCGGAGAUGAUUAAACAAGUAUUACCUGGUACCUUAUAGUGUUAAUUGCUGAAAACAAAGAUUUGAGUUUACAAAGAAUUUACUGCAUUUUAUCUCUGUUGUUUUACCAUAGAUUCCUAUCCUACUUUGUUUUCAAUCAGUGUGUCUUCGGAUACCCUUGAAAUUACUGUUGUGAAGUAAAUCAGUCUGUAUUUAAUACUUAAAAAUCUUUACGUAAAUAAACUGAAACAUUUUGGGUUUUA